AUGAAAAUAUUAAUGGCCAAGCCUAUAUUCCUGAAGAACUUUGUUGAAUUCAUUGGAAACAUUCAGACAGUGUUCAUUUUCCUUCUGUUUCCCAUUUGCUUUACUAUGAAUUUCAGGGCACCUCCUCUUAUAGAAAAUGCUACAUACCUCUGGACAUGGAAUGCGCCAACUGAAAAUUGUCCACAUAGUUAUUCAGUAUUGCUAGAUCUAAGUCUUUUCUCCUUAAUAGGAAGCCCAAGAAAAGGCUAUGCAGGAAAAGGUAUUAUAUUAUUUUAUGCUAAUAGACUUGGAUAUUAUCCUCAUAUAUAUGCAGGCAAAUAUUUGAAUGGAGGAAUUCCCCAAUUGGGACAUCUGCAAAACCAUUUGAAUAAAUCCAAUAAAGAUAUUUACAAAUCCAUUCCAAAAGAUAAAUGUGGCUUGGCUGUCAUUGACUGGGAAGAUUGGAGACCUACUUGGGCAAGAAACUGGAAAUCUAAGGAUGUUUACCGGAAUCUAUCUAUUGAACUGGUUCAGCAAAAAUAUAUAAAUCUUGACGAUAAAAAAGCCUACGAGGUAGCUAAAAUGGAGUUUGAAAAGGCAGGAAGAGCAUUCAUGGAAGAGACCUUAAAGCUGGGAAAAUCACUUCGGCCAAAUUACUUAUGGGGUUAUUAUUUAUUUCCUGAUUGUUAUAAUCAUCAUUACAAAAAACCCAAUUACAAUGGAAGUUGCUUUGAUAUAGAAAAGCUUAGAAAUGAUAGACUUAAUUGGUUGUGGAAGGAAAGCACUGCACUUUACCCAUCCAUUUAUUUGAAUUCCCACCUAAAGUCAACUCCAAAAGCUGCCCUCUUUUCCCGUAAUCGUAUUCUAGAAUCAAUUCGAGUUUCACAAGUCCAUGAUGUUCGAAAUCCUCUUCCAAUUUUUCCUUAUGUGCGUCCAGUUUUUACUGAUACAGGAGAAUACCUUUCUGAGACUGACCUUGUGAAUACAAUUGGUGAAGCUAUUGCUCUAGGUGUCUCUGGAAUUGUAGUGUGGGGGAGCACCAAUCUAAGUGAAUCUCAGGAUGCCUGUUUAAGAAUACAAAAAUACAUGAAGAUUGUAAUGAACCCUUAUUUAAUCAACGUCACCCUAGCAGCCAAAUUGUGUAACCAAGUGCUUUGCUAUGAUAAAGGAAUAUGUAUAAGGAAAAACUGGAAUUCAAGUGACUAUCUUCACCUGAACCCAACUAGUUUUACUAUUAAAACUGGGAAACUUGGAAAAUACAAAGUUUAUGGAAAACCCAAGCUCAGAGACCUGUAUGAAUUUUCUAAAAAAUUUCAAUGCAGCUGUUUUGCCAACAAGCAGUGUAAGGAAAGAGUUGAUGUACAAGACAUUCAUUUUGUUCAUGUCUGUGUUGGUAGAGAUGUUUGCAUAAAAUCCUGUGUAAACCAGAAAUUAUGGCCUUGUUCCAGUAGAAAGAGUGGCUUUCUAGCAAUUCCACAAAAGUCUCAUCAUCCUUGCCAUCGGCCACAAUACACCAGGUAUUCAUGGAAAUAA